AUGGUUAUCAACUCGGAGACACCCCAGCUUGCCUGGAAUGAUCUACCGAGUGACGACGUCUCUGCGUCUGAGUCUCACAUUCACCACGGAUAUGAAGAGGGACGAGAUCUAGAGGCGCUCUUUCAAGGAUUGCCUUACCCUCACGACAUAAAUCAGUGGAUACUGCGUCAACAGAAAUUAAAGCAGGAAAUGUAUGAACAAAACUGGUCCUCGAAUAUGGCCGCGGAUAGUGGGGAUGAAACUUGCAUGCCCGAGGACCUUUAUAGUGGAUGCUUGCAACUUAUUGGUACGAGUACUCCUUAUACUGGAACCCAAACGACUGCCGUUGGUGUCUCAGGCGAAAAUACUGCAAAUACCGGAAGGGAUUUUGAUCCGAGUCACUCCCAACACAACAAAGGGCCCGUUGGAAACGACCCAAUGGGUCUGCCAGAACUUCGCACAACAAGCACUUAUUUGCUUCGAAGCUCCGGGGCGAACUACAAUGACGUGCAGGCAUACAUGACUGGCCAUCACCAAACGGAUAAUUAUCUGGGUUAUCCAGAUGGUCUACCUCAAUACGACUGGUAUCCCAACAUUCCCGUCCUCGGGGAACCAUUAGAAGGCGCACAAGUUAGCACCAGCAGCUUCUCUUCUUCGGUUCCCUCGUCGGCGACUUCUGAAGCCAUGGCCGCGAUGACCCUCAACCCGAGGGCGGUACACAGCAACGCGGCAGGACAUUUACAAGCCGACAGUUCUGUUGCGAGCCCGGGAAAUCCUGUUAGCUCUUGGACAUCGUCGAGCUAUCCUUCCACUAUUUCCCCAAAGAUGCUGCGAAUUAACCCAUCGCCGACACCUGCGUCCUCGUCUGAGUCAAUCCACAACGCCAUGCUUUCUGGUGCCGACUUAGACCCUGGUGCCUCUGCGUACGAGCAUUCUCAUUCUCAUCCUCGCAGCCCGUUCCAGUCGCAACGGCAGAGUCAAAAGCCACGAAAAGAACUUCCGAGCAAACCAGCGAGAUCGCGGCUAGUACCAAUAACCUCGUCCGAGCCGUCGCCAUCUUCGAAAGGAAAGAGGCCAGCCCUCCCCCAGCUUCCCGGCGAUCACGAACAGUCGCCUCAGAAAGUGCGGGUCGCUCAACCGAAACAGGAGCGCCACGAUGCGGCGCCCCAAGGAAGUGAGGGAUCUCCGGCUCGCGGGCGUAGCAGUAGGAGCAGUGGAGUACGGUCUGCCAAGGACGAAUUUCUAGUCCGAUCAAAGCUGGCGGGUAUGACGUAUCGCGAGAUCCGCCGCUUGGGAAAUUUCACCGAAGCCGAAUCUACGCUGCGGGGGCGGUUCCGGACUCUGACGAAGGACAAGGAGGCGCGUGUAAGAAAACCAGAAUGGCAAGAUAACGAUAUACGUUUACUAAAGAAAGCUGUCCGCAAACUGGCGAAAGGCAACGAUAUGAUGCCGGCCAAGGCACCGUGGGGCCAAGUGGCCGAGUACAUCAUGGACCACGGCGGUUCGUACCAAUUUGGCGGCGCCACUUGCCAUAGGAAGUGGAAAGAAUUGGUGGAAGAAGGCAAAGCGGGAUUGAAAUGA